GAAAAGGGCGUGGUUUUAAAUAUAAUAAAAGCUAAUCUUUUGGAGACUUUGAAUUCACUUCCCAAAGCUGAAUAACGGAAGAACCUCGUUUUUAGCAAAAAUAUAAAUAAAUAAAAAUGAGUUUCCCAGGGUAUGGAGCUCCCGCCGCUGGAUAUCCAGGAGGGUUUCCAGGAGGAUUCCCCGGCCAGCAGCAGGAUCCUCUCUUUGGAUACUUUACUGCCAUUGCUGGCCAGGAUGGACAGAUAUCUGCUGAAGAGCUCCAGGCCUGUUUAACCCAGGCAAACUUCUCUGGAGGCUACAAACCUUUCAACUUGGAGACCUGCAGGUUGAUGAUCGCCAUGCUUGAUCGUGACAUGUCAGGCACCAUGGGCUUUCCUGAGUUUAAGGAGCUGUGGGCGGUGCUUAAUGGCUGGAAGCAGCACUUCCUAUCUAUCGACAAAGACAUGAGCGGGACGGUGGACCCACAGGAAAUGCACCAAGCUGUUUCCUCGAUGGGCUAUAGGCUGAGUCCUCAAGCCAUGAACUGUAUCAUAAGGCGCUACAGCACUCAGGGAAAGAUCACCUUUGAUGAUUAUGUUGCGUGCUGUGUCAAACUAAGGAGCCUGACUGAUAUUUUCCGCAGGAGGGACCAGGCGCAAAAUGGAACCGCUUCAUUUCAGUAUGACGACUUUAUCCAGUGCACUAUGAGCACCUGAAGGAAAUCUGACAUAUUCCAGCAUCUAGUGGCUAUGAGCUUUUUUUUUUAUACAAAUGCUUCCUUUUUUAAACAUCUGCUCUAACUAAAGGGAUCUUUAUAACAAAUUAAACAACUGUUAUGACCUUAACCUGUUAAAUGUAUGUUAAAUAGGUUAAUACUUGUUAGGUCUUAAUUAAUGAAGGACCAAACCACUUAUAAUUGAACCACAUAGCCCAAAGAUUGUAUUCAAUAAAAAAAGAAA